AACAGCAGUGCAUCCAGCGAGGGGCUUCCAGAUGGGCAGCGCUGAGGGAAAAGACACACUCGAGCCUCUGAGGAAACAAGAGUUAUUUCCACAUUCAGAUAAAAUGAAGGUUACUUUCACGGGUCUGGCCGGUUUUGUGGCCGUCUUCGGGAUCCUCAGCUUCAUUGGUCUCGUUCUGGCGAUUGGAACUGAUUUUUGGUACAUCAUUGACACUUCUAAGAGGGAAAACAGCUCAUCUGUGUCCCUCAGCUCCCAUUCUGGACUCUGGAGGACUUGUAACUUUCAUAACCAGUGCUGGCCAUUUAUGAAUCCUUUUGGAGCAGGAAGAAACUUGUCAGAUUCACAAAGACAGAUACUAAACAUGCAGGGAACGUUCAUCAUCCUGCUGCCACUCAGCGUGAUCCUGCUGUUGGUUGGAGGAAUGCUGGGCUUCAUCAGUUUGCUGUCGCGAGCGUAUCUGCUGCUGCUGCUGACCGGGGUGCUGCUUCUUUCGGCGGCUGUGCUCUCCUUGGCUGGAAUCUGUGUCUACAUGGCUUAUUCUGCUGCCGCCUUCAAAGAGGCCGUGGACAUUUCUGGACACAAGACCCUGCAGGACAUCGAGAUUUACUUCGGCUGGUCUCUGAUUCUAGCCUCUGUGUCUUUUGUUGGAGAACUGUGUACUGCUGUGGCUUUCCUGCUGACCUCAGCCAGAGUGAGCCAGCAGACCAAUCAGGAGCAAGACGAAUAACAGCUAUGCUACAUAACCUCAAUCAGGACUGUGCUGGGGACGGCACCAUGUGAGGGCAUUGAAAAAUGACAUAC